CUCGCAUUAACCUUAAAACAUCACGAAUUCAACAACGCCAGUGCAAAGUUUGCAUCGCUCGAGGUAGGUACUUCAACGUAUUCAAGUUUUAUCUAAUCUUGCCAGUGCAGUGUAAAGUGGCGUGCGACGUAGUACAGUCAGUCGCAAACAAUGGAGGUCGCACCUAUUUUGGAAGAAUGGGAGGAGCUGCGGGAGGAUUACAAAAAAUUGGAGUGCGCCAAUGUGGAAUACUUGAAGAAACUGAAAGAGUUGAACGGUGCGCAACAACAAUGCCUCAAGCAUAUCCAACAUCAACGCUAUAGAAUGCAGAUGAUGGCCAAAACACUGAGGAAGUUGAAGAAAAACAAAGAAAGCAGCGAGAAGAUAAAAGAAAUGGAAGACAACUUACUGAAACGAGAAGCAGAGUUACAAACAAUCGAAGAACGCCUACCUAAGAAAGGGUCGGUAUACUUGAAGCUCAUUCUCGGCGAUAUCGAUGUCUCAUUCCUGAGCAAAGACGAGAAGUUUAAAUACAAAGACGACUAUGAAAAAUUCAAGCUAAUAAACCAUGUGAUAGCAGUAGUUGCAAACGUAGCAAUGCUUUACACAAGCUGCAGAGCUAUUGAAAUACUCUACCUUGGCUUCUUGGUGUGGUAUUAUUGCACAAUUACCAUAAAGGAGGCUAUCUUGAGAGCAAAUGGUUCAAGAAUCAAAGGUUGGUGGAGACUGCAUCACAUAUUAUCUACAAUUAGUUCAGGAAUUUUGUUGAUAUGGCCAGAAAACGAACCUUGGAGACAAUUCAGAGAGCAGUUCAUUUGGUACAACUUGUAUAGCUGUUUUGUGACGUAUCUUCAGUUCAAAUACCAGAGAGGUGCAUUGUAUAGGCUGAAAGCUCUAGGUGAAAGAGAUAACAUGGAUAUUACAAUUGAAGGGUUCCAUUCUUGGAUGUGGCGAGGACUAACCUUCCUCUUGCCCUUUCUCUUUAUUGGAUACUUGUUCCAACUAAUACAUGCUGUGGUGCUGUAUAAACUUAGUUACCAUCCUGAGGCUACGUGGCAGGUGUUGACGACCAGUAUACUGUUCUUCGUUUUCUUCUUGGGAAAUACCGUCACUACGAUAUUGGUGGUACCAGACAAGAUUAAGCAGAAAGUGAUGUUUUCAUAUAAAGUGAUGACCAGGAGAGUGUAUAAUGUUCUUAGUGAUACUGUACGUACGGGAGGUAGGAUAACCACAAAUGGAAUUCAAAAAUGACAUUCUUUGGACCGUUUAAUAUUGAAAUUUUGUAAGUAAAAGAUUCAAAAGAAGUGGGAGUUGUCUUGGCGAUAUUUACGUCAACGCAGCUUCUGUUGCAAAUUCAAAUAUGUAUUUUGUGAACUAAGACAGAGAAGAUUCAUGAUCUAGAUACCAUCAAUAAAUUGUGAUACUGCUACGUUUUCCUGAAAAACUGGUAAACGUCAUGACUGAAUACAUUUGGUGUUGUAAUUAAAAGCCUUAUUCUCAAUGUUGCACUGGCUCUUGAUUUAUAGGUGUUUCUGUUUUGUCUUUACUUCUACUCUAACAGCUAAGCAAUAAUGAGCAAUGUAGGAGCUGGGGAAAUUUAUAUACAGGGUGACGGGAAAAUAGAUGCGGAGCCGGUGGGGGGAGAUAGUACAAGCCAAUCUGACUCGAUUUUACUAUAGGAACUGCUGUCCGAAAAUUGGCCGUUUUCUAAUUAUACUAAUUUUUAAGAUUUUAUAAAAUUAAUGUCUUUUAUACGUUAACCAAGUAAUAAAACUAGAAAAUUGGGUGUUUCAUUUGAUUUUUUUUGGUUUUACAAUAAAAAUAUUCUAAAAUACGAAAAUUGAUACUCAAAUGUACAUUAUUGACUCAUGCAGUAAGCUUCAAAAUAAUUCGAUUUUUGUUAAAAAAAUCUUCUUUCAUCUCAAAAGCUUCAGUUUACUAGAACAAGUCGCA